UCUGCGAGGCCGAAGUGCACCGGCUCGCACGGGGCAAAAACUUGCGUCAGGAACUUCCUACCGAGGGAAGGAGACGCAGGAGUGAAGGGGGCAGGAGAGACUCGAAAUGCCUCAGUAACUUUAAAAACAUACCAAAACACCCCUUCAGGAGAUGAGGAUGGCAUGCCGCUAUAAAUUCAUUGUUCCACCUCCUCGCAUCUUCACAGCGCUCGCACUGCUCUCCGCGCUUGCAGCGGCGGACUGGGGAUGACGGCGGGCAGGAAGACACUGCAUCCAAGAGACGCGGACGCGCCGCUUCACUGCCUAGCCGCAGGCUGCCCCUUGCAUUUUUUGUUUUAAUUUUUAUAGCUUUUUCCCUCUCUUUUUUCCCUUCCUCCUGGGUCCAGUAGAGUCAAGGAAACCCACAAAAUACGAAAGGAACGGGGCUCCGGAGCUUGGAACCCCAGCUGCCUGCAGGUCCGGAGCAGCAAGAGGGCGGGAGGCCGCACGCACCAGUUGCCCGGCUGGUGCGCGGCGCCUUCCUUACUUUUCUUGGUGCAGCGUUAUUGGCUGCAUUUGAGGUUGGAUUUGGAUUUUGACCAUUUUCUACUAUUUGCUGAAUCUCCACGGCCCGACUUUUCUCGUUUUUUAUUUUUAUUUUUUCUUUUUCCGAAGAACGAAUCCAAACAUUUUCCAAAUCAACAAAGAAAAGUUCGUACGCUGGCACAGCAGCCUGGACAGGCUGGCCCUGCUGCUGGGUCCCCCUCCAACCGACAUUUGACUCAACCUUGCAAGCAAGUGUGUGUGUGCCCCCCAUCUCCCGCCCCUGUAACUUCCACAACGAAUAACAAAUACCCGUAAAGUCCCGUUCCCUCAGCCCCUCCCCGCGGGCAGCGCACUAUGCUGCUCGGGUGGGCGUCCCUGCUGCUGUGCGCGCUCCGCCUGCCCCUGGUCGCUGCCGGCCCCUCGGCGGCACCUGCCCAGGAUAAAGCCGGGCAGCCUCGGGCUGCUGCAGCGUUCGCCCAGCCCCGCCGGCGGCAGGGGGAGGAGGCGCAGGAGCGGGCCGAGCCUCCCGGCCACCCGCACCCCCUGGCGCCGCAGCGCAGGAGCGACGGGCUGGUGCAGAGCAUCGACCAGAUCUACUCGGGCGGCGGCAAGGUGGGCUACCUCCUCUACGUGGGCGGCCGGAGGUUCCUCCUGGACCUGGAGCGGGAUGGCUCGGUGGGUGCCGCUGGCUUUGUGCCCAGAGGAGGCGGGCCGAGGGCGACCCGGCGCCACCGGGGCCACUGUUUAUACCGCGGCACAGUGGACGGCAGCCCCCGCUCCCUGGCUGUUUUUGACCUCUGCGGUGGUCUCGACGGCUUCUUCGCGGUCAAGCACGCGCGCUACACCCUGAAGCCGCUGCUGCGCGGGCCCUGGACGGAGGCAAAGCCCUGGCGCUUGUAUGGAGAUGGGUCUGCGCGGAUCCUGCACGUCUACACCCGCGAGGGCUUCAGUUUUGAGGCCUUACCGCCGCGCACCAGCUGUGAGACCCCCACGUCCUAUUCAGGGUCGCGCGAGCCCACUCCUUUGUACAGCAACCCCUCCCUACGCUGGGCCCUGACUCCGCAGUUUGCGGACCAGUCUGUACCCAUGUCUGCUGGGGUCCAGGGACCAGAGACGUGGUGGCGGCGGCGGCGCCGCUCCAUCUCCCGGGCCCGCCAGGUGGAGCUGCUACUGGUCGCUGACGCGUCCAUGGCGAGGAUGUACGGCCGAGGCCUGCAGCAUUACCUGCUGACUCUGGCCUCCAUCGCCAACAGGCUGUACAGCCACGCCAGCAUCGAGAACCACAUACGCCUGGCCGUGGUGAAGGUGGUGGUGCUGGGCGACAAGGACAAGAGCCUGGAGGUGAGCAAGAACGCGGCCACCACGCUCAAGAACUUCUGCAAGUGGCAGCACCAGCACAAACAGCUGGGGGAUGACCAUGAGGAGCACUACGACGCGGCCAUCCUGUUCACUCGGGAGGAUUUAUGUGGGCAUCAUUCAUGUGACACCCUGGGAAUGGCAGACGUUGGGACCAUAUGCUCUCCGGAGCGCAGCUGUGCUGUGAUUGAGGAUGAUGGCCUCCACGCAGCCUUCACCGUGGCUCAUGAAAUCGGGCAUCUACUUGGCCUCUCCCAUGAUGACUCCAAAUUCUGUGAAGAGAACUUUGGGGCCACUGAAGAUAAGCGCUUAAUGUCUUCCAUCCUAACUAGCAUUGAUUCGUCCAAGCCCUGGUCCAAAUGCACCUCAGCCACCAUCACAGAAUUCCUGGAUGAUGGCCACGGUAACUGUUUGCUAGACCUACCACGCAAACAGAUCCUGGGCCCUGAGGAACUACCAGGGCAGACUUAUGAUGCUACCCAACAGUGCAACCUGACAUUCGGGCCCGAGUACUCCGUGUGUCCGGGAAUGGACGUCUGUGCGCGCCUCUGGUGCGCCGUGGUGCGCCAGGGCCAGAUGGUGUGCCUGACCAAGAAGCUGCCAGCCGUGGAAGGGACGCCAUGUGGGAAAGGGAGGAUUUGCCUGCAGGGCAAGUGUGUGGACAAAACCAAGAAAAAGUAUUAUUCAACAUCAAGCCAUGGCAACUGGGGAUCCUGGGGGCCCUGGGGCCAGUGUUCGCGCUCAUGUGGGGGAGGAGUACAGUUUGCCUAUCGCCACUGCAAUAACCCUGCACCCAGAAACAGUGGCCGCUACUGCACAGGGAAGAGGGCCAUCUACCGCUCCUGCAGUGUCAUGCCCUGCCCACCUAAUGGUAAAUCUUUUCGUCAUGAGCAGUGUGAGGCCAAAAAUGGGUAUCAGUCUGAUGCAAAAGGAGUCAAGACUUUUGUGGAAUGGGUUCCCAAAUACGCCGGCGUCCUGCUUGGGGAUGUGUGUAAACUGACUUGCAGAGCUAAGGGCACUGGCUACUAUGUGGUGUUCUCUCCAAAGGUGACCGAUGGAACUGAAUGUAGGCCGUAUAGCAAUUCCAUCUGCGUCCGCGGGAAAUGUGUGCGAACUGGCUGUGAUGGCAUCAUUGGCUCAAAGCUGCAGUAUGACAAGUGUGGAGUGUGUGGAGGAGACAAUUCCAGUUGUACAAAGAUUGUUGGAACCUUCAAUAAGAAAAGUAAGGGUUACACGGAUGUUGUGAGGAUCCCUGAAGGGGCAACCCACAUAAAAGUCCGACAGUUCAAAGCCAAAGACCAGACUAGAUUUACGGCCUACUUAGCCCUGAAAAAGAAAAACGGUGAGUACCUUAUCAAUGGAAAGUACAUGAUCUCCACUUCAGAAACCAUCAUCGACAUCAACGGAACAGUCAUGAAUUACAGCGGUUGGAGCCACAGGGAUGACUUCCUGCACGGGAUGGGCUACUCGGCCACGAAGGAAAUUCUAAUAGUGCAGAUUCUGGCAACAGACCCAACUAAAGCGUUAGACGUCCGCUACAGCUUUUUUGUUCCCAAGAUGUCCACUCAAAAAGCUAACUCGGUCACUAGCCAUAGCAGCAACAAAGUGGGAUCGCACACUGCACAGCUGCAGUGGGUGACGGGCCCAUGGCUCGCCUGUUCUAGGACCUGUGACACAGGCUGGCACACCAGGACAGUGCAGUGCCAGGAUGGGAACCGAAAGUUAGCAAAGGGUUGUCUUCUCUCUCAGAGGCCGUCUGCAUUCAAGCAGUGUUCGCUGAAGAAAUGUUAGCCUGUGGUUAUGACCUAAUGCAGAGGUACCUGCAUGAGUCAUCACCGAUCAGUCGUGAUGAAGGGUGGUGAUCCAUCUUGUGAUCAAGAGCUCUACUUAAAGCACAGAAAGUUGCGUUUCAGUGUCACUGGCAACGGGAGUCCAAUUAUGGGCAGAAUCUGCCCUCUGCGACCAAAAGAAGAUGUGCACUGCUUCGUGUGACACUGGUGACCUUGGGAUACAGAAACACUUGGGAGUUACUGAGCAUCCCCUGGACCUACACAAAUGCAAAAUGACUGAUGAAUGUAGAAUCAGGGGACAUUUGAAGAUAGCAAAACAACAGUCUCCCCCUUGUCACCUACCUCUUACAGAAUGUCUUCAAAGGCAUCGUAGUCAUUUUCACCCCUAAGGCACACUAGCGUUAUUUUUACUGUUUGUAAAUACAUUCUCCCUUGGUAUGUCACUUUAUAUCAUUUGGUUCUAUUAAUAUAUAUAUAUAUAUAGAUAGAUAGAUAGAUAGAUAGAUGUGUAUAUAUAUAUAUAUAUUCUAUAAAAAGUGUUUGACCAAAGUAGGUCUGCAGCUAUUUAAACUUCUUCCAGUUUCCGGAAAGAGCUGUGGAUGUUUUACUGGAAAUUAAGACCAUGCUGCUGUUUUCAUAAGAUUUAGUAUACUUUCAGACAACAGAGGAUAAAAUUUUAGUCAAAAACCAUUUUCACAGCAAGCAUUUUCUGAGAAAUAUUUGAAAAGAAAAAGGAUCUCAUUUUUUAUAUUUACUUAAUUGUUUGACUGCCUGUAUUUUUUCGGGCAACCAGCCAAAUUAAUGAGUGAUUAGAAUGUAGAAGUAGAGUUUGUGUGUGGGUAUGUUACCAGUAUUCAAGAGUCUAGAAAUUGUUUCCUUGUGUUAGAAUUUAAAAGGAAAAAAAAACAUACUUCACCAUAUUUUCCAUUUAUAUUUUCACAACCGCUUUCCCUUUCUACGCCUUCCAUCUGAUAUCUUACAAUGUAUAAUAUACAUACAGAACACACAUUUUUCUAAAUCACAUUCAACAUCUUCAACACUGGUAUACCUCUUACCAGCAAGCCUUUAAAAUGCUUUUUUUUUUUUUCACUUGUUAGUUUGUUUUGUUCUAGGGUUCUGUAAGACCUUCAAUGUCUUGUACUUCUUGUUGAAUAUUAAAGAUCAUUUAGGAAUUAGCCACAUCUAGAAGUGGUUUUCACUAAUGGGCUAGUGCAAAAAAAAUGUUAUUAAUAUUAAUAAGACUGUUUCCACACCAUAAAGGCAAUAAUUCCUUGCAUUGUUUGUUUUUUUUUUAAAUCCAAGGACACUCAUACUGUACUUAAGAUUUUUCCAAAUUGGAAGGAUUUGGUUAUACCAGUAAGUGUUUGAGUAAUGAAAUGUGAUUAUUUUUGAGCAGCUUGUUGCUUUAAUGUUCAUAUCCUGUCUAGGUAUUUUCUAAGGUUGAAUAGUUAGACUUGGAAAAUUUUUAGAAUCACAUGCAUUCAAAUCUUUAUUUAAACAGUAAACUGUAUCCCUCUAACUUGCUAACUAGAAAAUCAAAGGUAUUUCAUUUCAUUGAGAUUUUUUUGUGUGUGAAAUAUCACAAAGUCAAUUGUCGUUGAAAUUUUUAUAUAUAAUCCUUACCAAAUGUGCCUAUUGUUAAAGAUUUGCAUAUAAGGAUGUUAGGGAACCAUUGUUUGAGUUCCCUUUAGGUCAUGAGAGUUUAUUUUUAUUAUAAUAUAUUUUAACAUAAAGGAAUUACGUAAUUGAUCUUGCUAUAUCACAUUCAUUGCAGUAAGCCAGGAAAACAUGUCUCACUAAGUAUUUUCUUGAGAACUUAUUAGGUAAAACAAAGAAUUGUUUUACAAAACUGGUAAUCAUCCUUUGGAUUUUAAAUAGACUUUGCUUUAGACGUGGUCAUUUUUCCUAAAAAAUUAUCUAUUAGAGAAAUGAAACCCAUAUAAGACUGGUAACCUACGUCUGAUGGAGGUCACCAGAUACCAGAAGCCAGAAACAAAGCUAUUCAAAUCACUCAGAAAAAAGUUUUAAAUCACACCUACAAUUUGACUGUGCAGAGAGAAUUAAUGGUGAGGCCAAUAUUACUUUUUCCAAUAUCUGAAAUAAUUUUAAUUAAGUAAUUCAAAUAUUAAAAAAAUAUUUUUGCCUUUUCUGGUUAUAUUCACAGCAACAUUAAAAAAUAAUUGAUGCACAAACUUGAUUAUCUCCUACUCGCUUCUCUAUAUCAUACUCAUAGAUUUUUUAAAUAUGAUUUAUCAAUGAUUCAUUUUCCCUCAAACAAUGAAGUUUUAUACUUCUCAUUGAAGCAAACAAUCCUGGAGACUAUAAAAUAAAUGAAUUAACCACUAUUCCAUGGUUUUAAGGAGCUUUUUUUAGUUUUUUCAUAUGAGUAUAUCAAUAAAUUGACCAAGGAAUAUAUGUCUACAUUCCUGAGAAAAAUGAUAUGGAAUGAAAACUGAAAUUCAGAGAAAUGGAGUGUUGAGUAAAUAUGAAGAAUGAUAAACCAAUGAAAAAUCCUCCAUAAUGCAAUCUAAUUCAGUCCAGAUUGACUUUGAACUGUAGUUGUACCUUUCCAUAGCUGCAUCUUGAAUAAGGCAUCCAGAGUUCAUGAUGCUAGUGGUUACUUCCUCAAAAAAAAGUUUGAAAAUGCUCAGGUUAGUAAGAAUCUAAUCUCACACUACUAAACACUCCAAAUUAAGUUUAAGUAAAUACAGAGAGUCCAAAAGGAAAUAGCAUUUAUUUCUUCUAGAAAAGAAAAUGCAAAAUUAAGCCCUGUAUUGUUUAGAAGUUUAAGGGUAGUGUUUUAAUUUGUUCAACAAAUUCAACUUCCUUUGCCUUCCUGUGGAAACAGUUUUAUCCAUUAAACUAAGAAUUAAGGGAUUAAUCACAAACAAAAAGUUGCAGCACUGAAAAAAAAUUACUUACUGUU